CUCAUAGCCCCAGUUUACACUUGGUUGAAAUAUACAAUGGGUAAGAAAAGAAAGGCUGGCGGUCGUCCUGCAGGCGCCAAAAAGGAAGAUUUCGGACCCACCAAAUUCGAUAUCGAGGAGAGAUUCGAUGAUUCCGAGGAUGAGUUCCAAGCCGGUCGCGAUCAGAUUCUUCUAGAGGAAGCACCAGAGGCAAAGCGUCGUCGCAAGCUGGUCGAAGAUGAGGCAAUGCUGCAGCCAUCGGACGAGGAAAUAAUGGGCUACGACUCGGCGGACGAUGACGACGAUGACUUGGACGACGAGGAUGACUAUCAGGAGGAUGGAUACGAUGACGAUGAUAUGGAUGAUAUGCCAUCGAAAUCCAAGAAGCGCGCGGGCAGCCAGGGAUCGGGCUCCGAAGACGAGGAAGAAGGCAUUGCCGCAUGGGGCUCCUCGAAGAAAGACUUCUACAAUGCGGACCAGAUCGAAACGGAAGCCGAUGCGCUCGAAGAAGAAGAAGAAGCCAAGAGACUCCAACAGAAGCACUUGCAGAGCAUGAAUGAGGAGGAUUUCGGUUUCGACGAGACGGAAUGGGCCGACUCUGGCAAGGCGGAUGAAGCGGAGCAAGCCGGUGGUGAGGUGACGGAAGUCCUCCCACAACUGGAAAUCACAGAGGAUAUGAGUGCGGAGGAGAAGAUGAAAAUCUUGAAGUCGAGAUACCCCGAGUUCGAACCGCUUUCGAAAGACUUCCUUGAUCUCCAACCCACUCACCUGGAGCUCAAGAAGGCCGCCGAAACCUUUAAUGCUAACGACGAUUCUGAGAAUGCCCCGGAAUAUGCGCCGGCCUCCGUUGUCAAGUUCCGCGCCCUCUCUGCCUACCUUGGUACUAUCAGCCUCUACUUUAUGCUCCUGACCUCCGGCAAGGACGCAGCCGGCAAGCCCAUUGCCCUAUCCCCCGCCGAGCUCCGAGCACACCCCGUGAUGGCCACUCUCGUUAAGUUCAGAAAACUCUGGGAGUCUGUCAAGGACCUCACCGAGCCUGAGUCUGAAUCCGAACCCUCCGACAUUUCCGAAUCCGAGCUCGAGGAAGAUGAAAUCUCCGAUGCCUCCGAGAUCGAAACCGAGACGAAGAAGGACAAGAAGCAGAAGAAGAAGACCAAGGCACAGCUGGCAGCCGAAGCCCGCCAGGCGGAAGCGGAGGCCCGGAGAGCGAAGAGACUGCAGGAGACCGAGGCCAACCUGGCCGAUCUCUCCAAGCUGGUCACCGCACCCGGUAAGAAACGCGCAGCACAAAAGGUCAAGAAUGUAUCCAAGGAUGCAGAUGACUCCGACUUUGGCGAUGAAGAUGCCCUCACCGCCAAGGAAGCCGAGGAGAAGGCUAAGCAGAAGCGCUCUCUCCGCUUCUACACCUCCCAGCUUGCGCAGAAGGCGAACAAGCGCACUGCAGCCGGCCGUGAUGCAGGUGGUGACGCUGAUCUGCCUUACCGCGAGCGCUUGAGGGAUCGCCAGGCUCGCCUGAACGCUGAAGCUGAGAAGCGUGGUAAGCAGAAGCUUAAGGAGUCGGAGCAGCUGGGUGGCGACAGUGACGAAGAGGAUAACCGGGUGGCCAAGCAACUCCGCGGAGAGGAGUCCGAUAGCGACGACUACUAUGACAUGGUCGCAGCCCGCUCCAAACAGCGGAAGGACGACAAGAAGGCGCGCGCAGAGGCCGAGAAGGAGGCCGCCCGCGCAGGCGGUUAUGUCGAGGUCCAGGAGGAGGUUGGGCCCGACGGCAAGCGAGCCAUCACGUACCAGAUCGAGAAGAACAAGGGUCUUGCUCCCAAGCGCAGCAAGGACUCUCGCAACCCCCGUGUCAAGAAGAGGAAGAAGUUCGAAGAGAAGAAGAAGAAGCUGGGUAGCAUACGCCAGGUGUACAAGGGCGGUGAAGGCCGUGGUGGCUAUGGUGGUGAACUUACUGGUAUCAAGAAGAACUUGGUCAAGAGUGUCAAGCUCUAGCCUCGUUUCUCCAUUCCACCGAUAUACCAUUCCUUCUCGCCGGCGUUUUGCGUGUGUUAAAAAGGGGGGUUUUGUUUGCUU